AUUUUAAGAACACAGUUAAUACCGCCUGAUUAGUCUUCGCAUCCUUUCACCAUUAUUCACCCACCCCACGAAUCGCUGCCCUGCACAGUCAGAUCAGCACAUGGGGCAAUGAGGGGUAUCGAGGAUACAAGGCAGCGAUGGAGUCUCCUCUUCCGCGAUAACACCACCAUCUCCGACCUCCGAACGACGCUGAGAUCAGAGCAAGGAGAGAAGCUGUGCAACGAUGGUUUAAGAUCAAUAUGUUGGAAGGCAUUCCUACUCUUCGACAACCUUGAUCGCACACAAUGGCCGCAAAGGAUAUCCGAGUCCCGAAGCGCCUAUGCGGCCCUGAAAGCCCAUUUCAUGAAGUAUAUUGAACAUCCCGAUGAUCUGCAAUCGGCUGUUGACCCGCUGGCGGAUGAUGAGGAGUCUCCUUGGCAAACUUUACGGCAGGAUGAGCAGAUGAGAGCAGAUAUAUCCCAAGACGUGGACAGAUGCUUGCAGGAAAACUUUUUCUUCCGGGAACCAGCGACAAAGGCGAAGAUGACUGAUGUCCUCUUUAUAUAUGCGAAGCUUAACCCAGACCUGGGUUAUCGCCAAGGUAUGCAUGAGCUGUUAGCGCCCAUACUAUGGGUUUUAGACGGAGAUGCAAUCGAAGCUACCUCCCAGGAAGGGGUCCACCAUACAGCGGAGGACGAUAAGUUAAUGUUACAGCUCCUUGAUGCCAAUCAUGUGGAGCAUGACUCAUUUACACUGUUCUGUUCAGUUAUGCAAACCACUCGAGUAUACUAUGAGCACAAUAGACAACGAUCGGCGAAUGGACAGAUGGACGUUGUCCCGAUUGUCAAUCAAUGUGAACAUAUUCAUAAUGAUUUACUAAUGACCACAGACUUAGAGUUAGCGGAUCAUCUGCAGGCACAGGAAAUCCUGCCACAAAUCUUUCUUACACGAUGGAUGCGUCUCUUAUUUGGCCGUGAAUUUCCAUUUGAAGACGUACUUAUACUCUGGGAUUUUCUCUUUUCCGAAGGGCUACGGCCUGAGCUGGUCGAUUAUGUGUGCGUUGCGAUGCUGCUAAGAAUUCGCUGGCAAUUACUAGCCGCUGAUUCCUCAACUGUGCUAACCAUGCUUCUCCGCUAUCCCUCUCCUCACCCUCACGAACCGUACAGCUUUGUGCUAGAUGGAUUAUAUUUAGAACAAAACCCAACCUCCGAUAGAGGCGCUUUUAUUAUUUCCAAGUACUCGGGGAAACCGCCUGACUCUUUGAAACGUCUCAGUCAACUAAGCGCGAGGCGCUUCUCCGGAAGAAAAUCGCAUCCCCGCGGCGAUGCAAGGAACAUGAGCGAAGCCAGCUCUCCUUCCAGAUCGCCCGCGAGAAACAGUCCCAAGAGCAUUGAGGCACUCUUUCAAGAUGUUUCAGAAGGAAUUCAGCGACGAACAGAAGCUUGGGGCGUUGCUAAAGCUGUCCGAGGAGCAGUGAGCGAGGCGAAAAGGAACAUGCAGACGAUUCAAUCGGAACACAACCCUCGAGUGAUGAGAUAUGGAGAUUCUUCCAUAAACCGUACCUCAGAUGUGCAGUGGGCCCGAGAAUCUGACACCAGUUCUCAGUUGAAGACCAAGGUCCAAGAGUUGGAGGAACGCAAUCGGAUGCUAGCGAAGUCAUUGAGCCAGGCACUGAAUGAUAUCCGCUCUCGUAUGAUGAAAGCAGAAGGGCUCGACCCUGCUACUGCAGAUGCCAUGAAACAAGCUCUCGCUAAGGUCCAAUCGGUCCAGACUUGCCUCGAGAAACCUUCUGCACCUCUCCGAUCUGCAACUCAACCCCAAAGCACAUCUGGUGAAGCAUUCCCCGAGAAGAUCCAUAACCAAUCGGAUGUGGGAAGUGACAAAACCGAACGCUCUCCGUCGAUUACCAGCAGAGUCGGGGAAUCUGGAACAUCAUCUAGAUCCUCGGUGGAAGGUGAACACAAAACCAAUGAGCGAGCUCAAAUUCCCACAUCACUGCCACUGCGACCGGCAGCACGUGCGUCAUUGGCUGAGUCUGAAUUUUCUUGGAUGCUCGGUGGUAGUCGACAUAUCUCUAGUUUUGUUAGUCCGGCAUCCGUGCCGCCCGAACAAACUCGGCACGGCACCAAGCCGAAUACUCUGUUCGGCAGCGGAGAUGAAGAACAAAGAAGACCGUAUGCCGAACCUGAUGACUUUGCCUUGCGGAGCCUUCGAGGUCCCAAGAGCAGACAGUAGACUACCAGUAAACUUUCCCCCCUUCUCUUGGGCCACCUUUCAUUAUUCCCCUCUUUCUCAUCUUCAACCCGAUACCCAAUCGUGUUUAUUGCAUUAGCCGUACAUUAUUUUUUUUUGUUUUAUUUACCAUCGGCUAAAGAGCCGGGUCCUCCCACCUAUGUCGUCAUGAAUGUAUCGGAACUGAUGCUGAACGAUCAGAAUUGAUUAUUGGCUACUCUGGGCAGACUCCUCAAGUAUACCUUAUGCGCAUGCCGCGGCAGGUUAUACAAUGCUGACUUUGCCACCUCCGCAUAGACAUCACACUAUGGAUUCGU